AUGAAAAGUGGAGUGAUUGUAGAAGAAGGGUUUGUUUAUGAAGAAGAAACCCAUCUCACUGUAAUGAAGACCUCGGUGUUUUGUGCUGGUAGUGGCUUCACUGCUUACGAUUCCAAAGGCGAACUUGUCUUCCGAGUCGACUCGUACGGCCCCGAUUCUCGAGACCUGGGUGAACACGUUCUCAUGGACGCGUCUGGCCGAUGCCUUCUUACCGUCCGCCGCAAGAGGCCGAGUCUACAUCGGAGGUGGGAAGGCUUCAUCGGCGAGAGGAUCGAGGGUAAGAAGCCAUUAUUCAGCGUACGCAGAUCAUCUAUAAUUCGACGGUCGGGCGUGACGGUGGAGGUGUACAACAUUUCAUCUGAAGGGUACCAGAUAGAAGGCUCCUUCGCGAACCGGAGCUGCACCAUUUUCAACGCCAAAAAGGAGGCGGUGGCGGAGAUCCGACGCAAAGUGGAUUCUUUCGCCAAUGUCGUUCUUGGAAAAGACGUUUUUUCGGUUUCAAUCAGGCCUGGGUUCGAUUGCGCUUUUGCUAUGGGAUUGGUGUUGGUGCUUGAUCAAAUUCAUGGAGAUGAUCACGCAGAUGAUAGUGGAAGUAGGGUUGAUGUGGACCCCACCAACCAAGAUUCAAUUAUUUCUUCCUAA